GUACGAAGUUCCAACAACGUAAAGCAUCAACAAUUUUUCAUCUCAACUAAUUACUGCGAUGCAAAACUGACUUCACGAAGAACAAUUUUCUUUUUGAAGGCUGAAACAUUUUGCAAGACAGUACACAUUCUGCUUUCUUGCAUGCAGGAGCUCGAUGAAAUAUUAUGUAUGUCAAGAUUUCACGACCUAACUUUUAGGACAGAAACGAAACUUCAAAGCGGCGAGGAAAAUAUGCGAAGUUGAAGUUUCAAUUCGUGCUGUGUAAAAAUGAGAUUAGAGAAAUUCAGUGCCGGAGGAAUCAGCGUCGAAGAUCGAUAACAUACUCUCGUGGAAGUUUUAUGGAAGUUUGAAGCUGUGGAUUUUAAAUCGAUGGAAAAUUAUCCGCUGAACUUGAACUUUCACAAUCUUCACUAUGGCAUCGAUAAGAUCAGUAGACGACGUCUCGAGGUAAUUUGCAGAAACUUACCGACAAAAAUUCGUCAAACAUUGUUGGAAAACUUUUUAUCCGUCGAGUUGUAACGAGCGAUGAGAAGUGGAUCUACUUCACUAAUCCAGAUAAGUAAAAUCGGUGGUUAAAGAACGAGACAAGGCAAUGCUAUAUGUUUGGUGGAAUUUUAAGGGCACUAAUUAAUAUUUAAUUAACAAAAAGCGUGUUUUACUGCAACGCUUCAUCCGAAAAGAUGAAGAAACAAAAUCCAAGACUUACUUCGAAGAGUAAGGUUCGCUAGUUUCUCUUACCGACAUCUUUG